AGUUGCAACUUUUCUAUUUUAUCCCAUUGAAAAAAAAUCUAUAAAAGGUUGUCUCUCUUUAAAGUCCUCUGAAUCGGUGUAUAUAUUUGAGUCCAGAAUUUUCUAACAUUUUUUUACCUGCUAGAAGAAAAUGUGCACCCAACAUAUAAAAUGUCCACUCACAUUUUUACAAAUUUGAACAUAAAUAUAUACUUUGAAGUGCCUUUAUAUAUUUUAGACAUUUUCUCUAGUGACCUAUGCCAACACAUUUUAAACAUAUUCUUUAACAUAAUGAAAAUGUAAUGUUCCAUCUUUAUAUUAUAAUCCAAAAUUUUAGCCCACUAUCGUAUAUGACUUUUCAAAUUUCAGUAAAAGUUUAUACAUUUUAGCAAUUGCAUAUUCAUAAAUUGUCCAAAAUUCUACUUUAAACUGGUUAUCGAGGGGGUUACUAUGUACAAUUCAGAGUACUGUUUAAUUUCUAAGCCAGUGUUUUUUUAACUUAGCAAUUUUGCAUGGAUUUCAACUCACAUGUCAACAUAUCUUAAAAGUUGCCUAUGUUGAGAAACACCUUUGUGUUUCUAAACACAAGUUCUCCGCACAUCUUUUGACAUUUUGUUAUAGGACCAUGAAGAAACACAUUCACAAUGUUUUUCCAACCUUACUUAACAUUGACAAGCCACCUCAUUGUAGACCUUCCAGAAGCUGCUAGGGACAAAGCUGUUCCAAAGGGCAUCUCGAGGGUAAAUGGUUGCCAGCACUACUUACUCCAUUAAAUGUAUUUUUUAAUUGACUACUGUAUGCUGAGUCCCUUUCUAUCAUGUUUAAUGUUUUUUAAUGAUGUAAAUCAGAGGUGGGUUUCACAAAAUUUCUACCACCAGUUCACCGCACACCAAAACUGUGAGCAUAUGAGAACCUUCCACACAUGCACUUUGUUUGUGUGUACGGCUUGCGCACAUGCACACGACUUAGAAAACAUGGCUAAAUAGAGCCUAGGUGGGUGGGUGGUCGGGUUGCCACUACCGGUUCGCCCAAACCAGUCCAAACCAGCUGAAUACCACCACUGAUGUAAAUUGAGAAUUGUCUUAGGGGGUCCGACAACACAUAACAAAUUGGAAUCCCAGCCUGUCUAUAACCACAUAGCUUCUCGAAUCAUUUUCCUUCCCUCAAUCCUCAGUUGUAGCAGGGAGAAAGGGAAGAAGGCACAUCCUUGUGGGCUGCCAAGCAAACAGGCUAUUAUGCAGAAACUGGAGUUGCUUCUUUCAGCUGGGAAUACUCAUGCACUUACAAAUGAUGCAAAUAAAUUACAUGGGUGUGGUAAAUGGUACUUGUGAAACCUUUAGUGGGUGUUAAGUACUCCCCAUCUUGUAGCUUUCUUUUGGGGUUGCUUAUUCCAGAGAAGAGGCAGGCUCCAUCACUGAAGAGUUGGUUGGCACCAGGACCAUGGAAGGCUCAUGGAAGAGUUGGGUACUGCUGGCGGUGUUCUCCCUGGCUUUCUAUCAAGCUGCUGGAACUCCUGUGACGUUACAGAAAGAAUGUACGGACGAUCCAUCAAUAUCGUGCCAGGAUUUUGCUACAGCUCUGAAGUGUGGAAGCUUGGAGCGCUGUCACCAGAUGCUUCAAGUUAACCCUCCUGUUAAAAACAUGAAAUGUACUCUUUGUAAACUUAUUGUAGUUGUGAUGGCAAAGAUUGUUCAAGACAACUCUACAGAUGAAAGACUUGCUAAGUUUUUUGAGAGAGGAUGCCAGUAUCUUCCCUUCCAGGAUUGGUCAGUCAAAUGCAAGAAGAUGGUGGAUACAGGACUGGUCAUUAUCACGGAGCUUAGUAAACAAGUUCAGGAUAGGCCCGAAAUUGUGUGUGGCGCUUUCCUCCUCUGCAAUCAGCCAAAUAGCCCCGCUGGAGCCCUGAAUUUUCAGAACCAGCCAAAAUCAGAAGAAUGGCCUGAAAUAAGAGACUUUCGUGAAAUGCUGACUCCCUUCAUGGCUAAUGUGCCUCUUCUCUUCAGUUCUCAAGAUAAACCCCGAAUGGGGCCUUGGUUCUGGGAGAGUAAUGUAGAUCCAUGUCGUGAAUGCAAGGCGGUGGUUGAUGAAAUACGGGAAACCUUGAAGAACAGUCCCUUCCUUAGCCAGACUCUGCAGGAUUAUGCCAGGCAGAGUUGUGAUGCUUUGGGGACCCACAUGGCAUAUGAGUGCAAGAAAUAUGUCCCUGAAUACGCCCACGCUUUUGUGCAAUUCCUCAUACAUCUCUUGUCACCGAUGGGAAUUUGCGGUAAAAUUGGAUUCUGUGACGCUACAAAACUGGAGCCUUUUGAUCCAUUGAAGGCAAUACAGUACUUUUCAGACUUGUAUGGAACAGUAGUUAAGCACAUGCACGGAAUGCUCACAUUUGCAGAAGGCUCACAUUUGCAGAAGGCUCACAUUUGCGAACCAGUAGGGAAGGAAAUCUCAGAUAAACCUCAUUUGGUGUGUGAUUUUUGCAAGAAAGUAGUACAAGUGGCAGAGAACAUGGUGGAGAACAAUAACACAGAAAAGGAAAUAGUCCACCAGAUGAUGACCAUUUGUUACAUGUUGCCUCAUGAAGUUGUUCCCCAGUGUAGGGACUUUGUGAAUUCCUACGGAAUGGCGGUCCUCACUAUGCUGCUGGAGGCCACUAAGCCUGAAUCUGUGUGCAUUAUGCUCAAUUUUUGCCCCGAAGAUGUAUUUUUAAGCACCGAGAAGAAAGUAACCCUUGAGAAAGUAUCAGAAGGCAAGGAUGGUGAAAUGUGUCGCAUGUGUGUAGUUCUUGUUAAUUAUAUUGAUGUUGAACUGCAGAAGAAUGAGACACAAGUGCAGAUUGGAGAUUUCCUUGAAAAGGGAUGCCAAAUACUCCCAGAAGCUUUGGUAAACCCAUGUGAUCAAUUGGUGGUCCAAUAUGAACCAGCUGCUAUCCAUCUUCUGAUAAAGGUCAUGCAACCAACCUUUGUGUGUAUGAAAGUAGGAGUUUGUCCUGAACCCCCUCAUGUAGAAAUGGAGGCCUGUUCCCGGGGCCCGAAUUUCUGGUGCAAGAAUCCUGAGACUGCAGAACAAUGCCAGGCCACUGAAUACUGCAAACGCCACAUGUGGAACUAG